AUGGAGGAGACUAAAGUUAUUUAUUAUAUAGACGAUGAGGAAACUCCUUAUUUAGUGAAAAUUCCAAUUUCACCGGAGAAAGUGACGUUGUUGGACUUUAAAAACCAGUUGAAUCGACCGAACUAUAAGUUUUUCUUCAAAUCCAUGGACGAUGAUUUCGGUGUUGUUAAAGAGGAAAUAGUUGACGAUAACGCGCAUUUACCGUGUUUUAACGGUCGUGUAGUGUCGUGGUUAGUGUCUGCUGAGGGUUCGAACCCUUCCGAUGGAGCUUCACAGUGUACUGAUAGCAAUGCUGGUAAAGGCAAACCAAAUCACGGUGCUCCGGCGCCCGUCACUCGGGACACCUGUACGGACACGGACAGCACGAUCAGCUCGCGGCCGGGCCACCGAGCUUCGUGCGACAAGUAUAAAUACCGAGGAUUACGCAUAAACGGCCACUCGAAGUACGGCAAUCAUGGUUUGGAGUACGAGACGGCAUCGGUGCUGAGUUCUGACUUGGACUCGACCAGUCUCUUCGACAGUCAGUCGGAGAUCACUACGACGACUGGCCGGCACACUAACGCGUCCGUGGACCGAGCGCUGACGGAAUGCAGUAGCGUGUCACACCUCCAAGUGAGUUCUCGCAAAAGACCUCAACGGAGACGUAAAAGACCUCAGGUGAUGUCAAGAACGUCUUCGUACUCCUCCAUAACGGACUCCACAAUGUCUAUGCACAUUAUAACGGUGACUUUGAACAUGGAUACAGUCAAUUUCCUCGGUAUUUCUAUAGUGGGACAGUCGAAUAAGGGUGGUGAUGGAGGCAUAUAUGUUGGCAGCAUCAUGAAGGGGGGUGCCGUGGCACUGGACGGGAGGAUAGAACCGGGAGACAUGAUAUUACAGGUGAACGACGUGAACUUCGAAGAUAUGACAAAUGAUGAAGCCGUGAGGGUGUUACGCGAGGUGGUGCAAAAACCUGGCCCCAUCAAGCUGGUGGUAGCCAAAUGCUGGGACCCCAACCCCAAAGGAUACUUCACUAUACCCAGGACAGAGCCUGUCAGACCUAUUGACCCGGGAGCAUGGGUAGCUCAUACCCAAGCGCUUCGAGAGGCCUACCCUCCGCCCCCACCCUCAUUGUCAGCCCUCCCGUGUCGUCAGUCUCGGAGCGGGGCGCCAGUGACGCCAGUACGGUCCCCGCUGGAGCCCUGGAGCCCCAGCUGUCUGUGAACAUGGAUAUGGCGCUGGUGGUCCGAGCCAUGUUGAGGCCGGAGUCGGGUCUGGAGAUCCGUGACCGCAUGUGGUUGAAGAUCACAAUACCGAACGCGUUCAUAGGCGCCGACGUAGUGGACUGGAUACUGCAACACGUCGCGGGGAUCACGGACCGGAGGGACGCCAGGAAAUAUGCCUCGCAUAUGCUCAAGGCCGGGUUCAUCCGGCACACGGUGAACAAGAUCACGUUCUCGGAGCAGUGCUACUACGUGGCGGGCGAGCUGUGCGCCGAGCUGGCCGCGCUGCGCCUGCGCGCCGCCGACACCGACUCGCUGCUCAGCGACACGCUCGCGCCGCUGCCCAACCCCAAUAUAAUGGGUCCAGGCUACAUGCCGUACGCAGGCUCCUACGGGUACCAGCCUAUACCAUUCAAGUAUUCCUCCUGUCUCAACAGCGAACAUACUGUCUAUGGGUACAAUAGAGAAGAAAGCGUUGUAUCCGGUUCCGGGGGCUCCAGUGGCGGGUCGGAGCGGGUGACUGGCAAGGAGACCGCCAGGGACGAACGCAAGUCUACCUCCAGCGGCUCCGACAGGGACAGGACUGACAGGGACAGGACUGAACAGGACCAACAUGACAGGCCCGUGCUCUUCCUUUAA